AUGCUUACACUUAUAUGGGCAUUGGAGGGUGUCAUGCUGGUAGAUCAUGAUCCAGAUUCUGGCGAUAACAAUAAUACAGAUGAUGAAAAUCUAAAUAGCAUGGAUAUAGAUAGUGAUGCUGAAGAAACUCUGCUCUUUGAAUCGAAUGAAAACAAUGACUAUAGCUCAGCAAUCAAAAAAAGAGCAAAAGAAUUUAUGAAACUUUACAGUCAAUGGUACGGAGGAAGCAGGAAAAAUCGCCCAAAAGCGCUUUACAAUUUAACAAUUGUCAUAAAAGAAUUUGGAUACCACCAAAUAUUCGAGGGCCCAACAAUAGAAGUCAAACAAAUUCGUAAAGUCAUUAAUGUUUUAAUAAGAUCGAAAACAAUCAUUGAAAAAAUUGCUGGUUACAUUGUAAGACAAUUAUUUUGGGGAUGUAAGAAAUGA